AAAGAGAAGAGAAAGCUGGACUGCUGGAGUGAAAGCAAAGGGGAGAGAGAGAGAAAUAGCGUUAGCAGUGGGCAUUCAGAGGAAGGCAGAAAUAGAAGAGGAGGUGUCCUGUUAAAGUGAGUUGUCCUUUAGAAUGUUUCAAGAUUAAGGAGAGAGAAAAGGAGAGAACAAGUAAACAAUUACACCAGAACAGAAGGAAACAGGAGAAUGCCAGGGAGCCUGGAGCCGUUGGACGUAGCGGUACAGAUCCCAUACCAUUUCAGAUGUCCGAUUUCGCUGGAGUUGAUGCGGGAUCCUGUCACGGUAUGCACCGGUCAGACCUACGACCGGGCCAGUAUCGAGUCAUGGGUCGCAACCGGCAACACCACCUGUCCCGUCACCCGCGCUCCACUCUCCGACUUCAUUCUCAUCCCCAACCACACUCUCCGCCGUCUCAUCCAGGACUGGUGCGUCGCUAACCGAUCUCUUGGCGUUGAGCGCAUCCCCACCCCUAAACAACCCGCCGAUCCUGCUCUCGUUCGCGACCUACUCGUCCAAGCCUCUUCCAAUUCCACCCCUCCCCACUCACGCCUCUCCGCCCUCCGCCGUCUCAGGGGACUCGCUAAGGACUCCGACAAGAACCGCUCCCUCAUCUCCACGCACAACGUCCCGGAAGUUCUCCUUCCCAUCGUCUUCGCCGGCCCGGAGAGCAACGAAAAUGACGAGCUGACUCACGAGUCGCUCGCACUCCUGGUCAUGUUCCCGCUCGACGAGGCACACUGCGAGUUCGUGGCUUCCGAAACGGAUCGAGUCGCUUUCCUCUCUUUCCUCCUCUCCCACUCUUGUAUCGAGGUCCGAGUCAACGCAGCUGCGCUCAUUGAGAUGGUGGUAGCGGGUACUCGAUCUUUGGAGAACCGGAUCCUAAUUGGCAAUGCCGACGGGGUAUUGGAAGGGAUAACGAGGAUACUGAACCACCCGUUAGCAUACCCGAGAGCGCUCAAGGUCGGGAUUAAGGCCUUGUUCGCAUUGUGCCUGGUGAAACAGAACCGUCACAUGGCAGUGUCGGCAGGAGCGGUGGAGGCACUGAUUGACAAGUUGGCUGAUUUCGAGAAAUGCGACGCAGAACGAGCUCUGGCGACCGUGGAAUUGCUAUGCCGGAUCCCAGCGGGUCGCUCAGCGUUCGCGGAGCACGCGCUAACGGUGCCUCUCCUAGUGAAGAUUAUCCUCAAGAUAUCGGACCGGGCGACGGAGUACGCAACCGGUGCACUUGUCUCGCUCUGCUCCGCGUCAGAGCAGUUACAGAGAGAUGCGGUAGCGGCAGGAGUCGUAACGCAGCUGUUGCUGUUAGUGCAGAGCGAUUGCACAGAGCGAGCGAAGCGCAAAGCUCAGCUAUUGCUUAAGCUUUUGCGGGACUCGUGGCCCGAAGAUUCAAUUGCCAAUUCUGACGAUUUUGCUUGCAGUGAUGUUGCCCCAUUUUGAUUCUUGUUUUUGUUUUCCCAUCUUCAAUUCGACCGACUUCUUUAUAAUUCUAUCUGGUUGCCAAAAAAAAAAAAAAAAGGAAAAAGAAGAAACCGAUGAUCAUGAUCUACAGUUGGGUAUAUAAAACAUCUGUAUGUAACUAGGAAUCUCAUUGUAUGUAAGAAACAUAUGUUUAGAACUAGAAAAUCCAGGGAGAAGAUCUCAGAAAAGAAAAGGAAGGAGCAAGAGAGGAAGUUGUGAUUGUAAUUUUGAUAGAACUACUAUAUAAUUAAUUAAUUAAUGACUGAA